CCAUCUAUGGGCAUUUCAUCACAGCAUUUUUCUUUGACAAAUGACGUGUUCCAACUUUUCCCAAUCUUGAUAUAACAGUGUACAGUGCUUUCUGUUUUGAACGAACAGCUAUACUUUUUAAUAAUAGAACACUUUAAAAUGAUGGAAUGAUCAAUAAUUCUAACUUUGGAGGGGUAGAACAUAAGGGUAAGGACACACCCACCCGCCCACUUUACACAAACAUAUGCACGCAUGCACACACACACACACAUUAGUACUUAGACAUUUACAAGUACACUAACACACUUAUUAAAUAGAAACUGAUAUUAGAUCAUCAAAUAAAAAAAAAUAGUAACUUGCACGUUGUAAUAUGAAUUCAUGGAUUUUUACCCUUUUAAGUGAAAGUAAAGUCUAUUGAUAGUAUAUAGAUAACACAGUAAAAUGCGUAAGUAGCAAAUAGCUUUAGUGUUGUAUAUGCAUUGAGGAUUAUAUGACAUUAAAUAGGUAGGCUUAACCUUGCUGUUUUGCAUACCUCGCUUUCCCUGUCUACCGCUUUAAACAUUUUUUUCUUUUAUUUAUUUUUGGCUCAACUCGUUGAGCUGCCAAUAUGGCGGGUACCUGCACGUGUGAUGAACUUAACGGCAACAUCAAACAUGUGUGGAAGCUCACCUAACACAGCAUCCUGCCUGACUGAAAGAGAAAAAAAAGCAAAUAAAUAAAGAUAUAAAAGAAAUCUGGUUCCUACAAUGAAUUCUGGGAAUCAGUUUCUCAGAAGAGAAGCUGUCUUCACACCCCAGCCAUAUAGAUCGCAGCAAAAUAACGAAUUCCCCGCCAAGCAACGGAAUUCGAUAUCGUCACAACAGCUGGACUCUGGAAUUUCCUCACCUUUACCAACAAAACUUAAAGCUCGAAAUUUUGCCAGUAACAUCGCUUUUACUUCUAAAACAACUGUGACGAACGGCACCAGUCAUGAGGAGACUAUUAGUUAUACAAACAAUAAUUUAAAUAUGUCUAAAGAAGACACAUACAUGUCUGGUAAAAGUAAUAAACAGAUCUCUCGUCUUUACGACAUAGUCCGUCGAAAUUGCAAGCAACAGGCGGAACUGUUCGAAGACAAGGAUUUUCCUGCAAACGAUGCAUCUAUUUAUUUUUCUCGUCAUCCACCUUACCAAUUUGAAUGGAGACGAUGCAGUGCUUUAAGUAAGUUAACUGGCAUACAACCAAAGUUUUUUGUUGAUGGUAUUGGUGGCUUUGAUGUUCAGCAAGGACAGUUGGGAGACAGCUGGCUUUUGGCUGCCAUAGCAUGUCUAGCCACACCUGGAUGUUCAACUCUCUUCCAUCGUGUUAUUCCACUUAACCAAAGUUUCCAUGUCAAUGAUUACUGUGGUGCAUUUUACUUCAACUUCUGGCACAGUGGUAACUGGGUAGAGAUUGUUGUAGAUGACUAUUUACCCACCUAUGAAGGACAGUACUGCUUUCUACAUUCCAGCAAAAGUAAUGAAUUUUGGCCAGCUCUUCUGGAAAAGGCUUAUGCCAAAAUGUAUGGAUCCUAUGAAGCUCUCAAAGUGAAUGUUUUUGAAGAUGUCCUUGCUGAUUUAACUGGUGGACUAAUAGAAAGCUACAAGCUUCAUGGAGCCAAUGCAAAUGUUCCAGAAAACAUCAUUAAUAUUCUCUUUAAAGCUCUCGAUAGAUAUUCUAUUGUGGCUUGUGGCAUAAAUUCAUUGUCACUGGAUGAAAAACAGUGUGAACUUCCAAAUGGUUUGUUGUCAGGUCAUAUUUAUAACAUCACUGAUUUACGGCAGCUUUUACUGCCCUCGGAUCAAGGAAAUCGCUCAGUCACUCUGAUAAGGAUUCGAAACCCUUGGGGUGAACAUAUUGCCUGGAAUGGACCGUGGAAUGAAAGGUCUGUUGAAUGGAACAGUAUUCCUAGCGAUGAGAGGGAAAAAUUAGGACUAGUCUUCAAUGAUGAUGGAGAAUUUUGGAUGGACUUCAAUGAUUUUAAAGCUCAUUUUGACACUUUGAAUAUCUGUAAUUUGUCUCCUGAUGCUCCAUUGAACAUGCCUAGGACAUGGUUUGCAGUGGAAUUCCAUAAUAGAUGGUACAAAGGUUUCUCUGCUGGAGGAAGACCAUCCUGCUCUACUACACACUGGAGUAAUCCUCAGUAUCGUAUGAUUCUCGGUGAUUCUGAUGAAGAUGAUGACACUCACUGUAGUGUCAUCCUACAGCUUGCACAGAAAGACUGCAGAAGAAUCAAGCUGAAGAACCCUUGCUUACAAUACAUAGGAUUUGUAAUUUAUAAGAAUGAUCUCCACCAUGCUCUCCCAUUGCAAUAUGAAUUCUUUAAAAAAUAUUCAAGUGUUGCCAGUGUUGAUGCUUUUAUGAAUGGUCGCCAGGUUGUGAAGCGGUUUGCAUUGAAACCUGGAGAAUAUAUUGUGCUACCCUGUACAUAUGAAGCCAACUUGGAAGCAAGUUUUCUCAUCAGAUUCUUUAUGGAAAAACCAAAUAUUGUGGAACCAGCAGACAACAUUCCUUCCCUUGUCAGCCAACCUCCAAAAGACUUCAUUGAUGAAAAAGAUACAGAGUGUUUCAAAGAACAUUUCUAUCGAAUAUCGGGUGAGGAUAUGGAAAUUGACUCCUUUGAAUUACACAAUAUCUUGGAUGAAGAAUUUAAACAUGAUAUCCCUUAUCACUACACUGGCUUGGAUACAUGCAAGAAUUUUGUCUUUCUCAUGGAUACAAACAAUUCUGGAAAGAUUGGUUUUUCAGAAUUCCUUGUUUUAUGGAGUUAUAUUCUUGCAUGGCGGAGAAUUUUCCAAACAUUUGAUGCCAAUAAAACUGGUUCUCUAAACUCUUUUGAACUCCAACGUGCAAUCACUGCUACUGGUUAUAAAAUGAGUUCCAGCAUUCAUCGAAUACUUUGCUUCCAUUAUGUAGACAAAGAUUGGACAGUCAACAUGAAUAGUUUUCUCCUCUGUGUUACGAACUUGAUGAAACAUUUUAAUACAUUCAAAGCUUCCCAACAAAAGGGUCAGAUCAUUUUGACCAUUGAGAAAUGGCUGGAAAAAGUUCUUUUGUGAUGGCUGAUUGAAGAACUAACAUUGGAGAGUUUUGUUUGAAGAAGACACUGAAAGAAGUUCUUUCUUAGAUUCUAUUUUAAUAUCUUUUAACACUACAAAGAUAUUAGGUGCUAAUAACUAUUGUAAGUUCCUGUAGAAAGGAGAGAAAAUGGAAAAAAAUAUAUAUUUAUCUCAUAUAUAUAUAUAUCAAUAUAUUUUUAUCACAGAAAUUUUAUCCUGUUUUCAAUAGGGUUAUUGGAAUUUAGAAAUUCAAUACCCAAUUAUAAAUUUACCAAAAUAUUUUUAUUGUAGAAUAUUUACAUGCAAAUAUUUAUUUUUUAUUCAACUUAGGUAACAUUCUUUGUUUUUAAUUUAUUUUAAAAUGUCAAUUUUGUGUGUGUGUUUGUGUUGUAAAAAAUGUUUUCUUGUAAAUUGUCCAUUCUUGAUGUCUUUGUGCUUCAAAAUAAUUUAGAUUUCCUUGCUCUGACUCAGUUGCUACUAGUACAGAAUGAAGAACACAAUACUAGCUGUAAAUGUUAUGAAAAUGUAUGUAAAAACCAUCAAAAUAUUUAGAUAUAGCUCUGUGUGUGUGUGUGUUUAUAUGACUGUAUCUAACAAAUUAUUCUUUCAGUUUCCUUUUUGCUGAACAUAAAAGUAUACUUGUUCUACUAAAGUAAUGUUACUGUUAGCCCAGACUGUUAUUUCUCAAGAUGGGCUACGAAGGGAAGGACAAGCAUUCAUGCACAUUUGCACCACCACCCACAUUUAUAUAUCACACACCUGACCUACUUUACUCUACCUAAGGAGAGUUCAGCAAGGAGCAAAUAACAAGAAACAUUUUGCACAAUAUUAAUUUAAUAACAAAGUUUAUUUGUUAUUGCAUUUAUUAAAAACUGUGGUAAUUUUAACUCAUUAAACAAAAAUGAAUAUCUGUGGUAAUUUAAAGAAAAUGGCAAAAAGAAUUGUGACAACCAAAAAAGUUCAAUACUUAAGUCAUUUUACUUGAAUUUAAAGAGUUAUUACAAGUGUUGUAAAAUCUGUUGAUUACAAAAUUAAAAACUUAAUUUGAUAUUGCUUUGAUUUGAAUACAGUUCUUGAUUCAAAAGAUUCUUCAUUGUGAAAAAAUUCUCAAAGAUGCCAGUAAAUUUACAAAGUAAAAUUCCUGCUAUCUGCUGAACUCUCCUUAAUUGGAGGUGGAAAAAUAGGUUUUGAUGUAUAAAAGAGAGAAGUGGUGUGACAUUGCAUGAUCACUGAAAACCAUGCAACAAACAGCAGAAAUCAAAUAACCAACAUAUGCAUUCAUGCAACCUAAAUAAUAACUACACAACAUAGCAUAGUAAAGCAAAAUAUAAAUUAUAAAAAAAGUGUUGGUAAUUGAUAUAAUUACAGUUCUUAUGUUGUUUUUCACUUCACAUUAUACUUUCAGCAUUUUGAUUUUAAUGAUGUAUAAAUAACUCUUCCUCUUUACACAAAGUGCCUUACACCUAACAUUUUAUCUAUGUGUUUAUGUUUUAUAUAUUUGAAUAGAAAGUUCUAUUAUUUUUAUAAAUUUAUAAAAAUAAAAGCCAAAUAUCAGUAUAUGAGGUUUACUGGUUUGGGUCAAAUGAUUUCCCUAAAUUUCUAAAAGCCCAAGAACAAAACAACAAAGUAAAUAAAAAACCAGCAUAGAAAUAUAUUCAUGACAAUUAAUAAUUAAAUAGUCUCUUUUAUUAGAUGACCUGUGAAAGUGUCCUUUAAUCUCAUGAGUUUUGUCAAGAAGAGAUGGAGGAGAGAGGGGGAUUACUUAGUCAUAGUAUUAAUUUCACAUUAAUCAGUUAAUUAUUUAACUGAUCGUUAACUGAUUAAUGAUCAGUUAAACUGGAAUUAACAAUCAGUUUAAAUUGUUGUGGGUUAGUGGCUUUAGCUAAAAGCAAGAUUAGAAAAGAUGUUGUUAUUCUGUUUAACUCAGUUUACUUAAUAAAGGUAGCAAGAACACAUUGGGUUAUUCAGUUCAGUUUCAGAUGUCUUUUUUGCCCAGAUACCUAGGGUUGCAUUAUCCAGUGUGUGUCUUUCUUUUUAAGAUAGUGGAGAAUAAUUUGAAGGAAAUAUAGUUGCUAUUACUAGUAGGUCAAACAGCUAGAUAGAAAUUCCCUUGUUGGCUUACAGAAUGUUGGAAAUGCAGUUGUAUUUCUAACUUUAGUACAACUUGAUUCGAAGCUGAACAUAUUGAAAAAAUGCUUUUUAAAGACAUUAGCUCUGCAUAAGCUCAUUGAUAAAAUUAAAGAUUUUUAGUUUAAAAAAAAAAAAUCAAAGAUAUUUAUUUUGAAUAAAUUACACAUAAUAAAUUGAUAUUGAUUUCUUUUGUAGACACAAGGUUUUUGAUUAAUAAAAUUCUGUGACAUACUUCUCAAGAGUAAUAACAAAAUUUGUAAAGUAAAAUAGUUAUGUGGGAUUCAAAAGAGGAUUACAGUCUCAAAUUGUUGCUUGUUUAACCUAUACUCCAAAACUCACCUGUAUACUCUUGUCUUAUUUAAGUUGAUUGGGCAUAUGGAUUGUUAAACAAUAACAGUGUAACUCGUUAGUAAAAACAAAUGAAUCAUGUCAGUCAAGAGGGAAAAUAUGUUUUGUACAGAAACUCCACCCAUCAAAUAAAUGAUUUGAUGAAUAUAUUUAUUGUAAGUAUAUUAUCUAAUUGAAAUUGCUCACAACCUGUUAGGAAUGUCUGUCACUCUUAGCUUGAUUAAUCCAUCGUGCUGAAUUGUCACAGCUCACUUUGGGCUUUAGUACCACCAGCAACCUCAUAUAACUAAUGAAGCAAAAUGGGGACAAUAGACUAUAUCACCACCAGGUCUACUAAAAGUACUUUAUUUUUAUACUAUUGUUACUGUUAUUUUUCUCAAACAUGAUAACUGUUUGUUUUUAAAUAUUAUUAAGGUAUUUUGCACUAUCUAUAAAGAAAGUAUACUGUUAAUGAAACAUUUUAUAAGUCAAUAUUAUUUAUCAUAAAUAUCUGGAAUUCCUUCAUUUUAUGAAGGCCUUGUAAGGUAAAAACAAAUUUUUAUUGCACUUAUUUUUUUUUUUUUUUUUCCUGAUGGAAUAUGAAGAAAUCCUUUACAAGUGAGUGAUGCCAAUUAUUCAUACUCUUAAAGUAGCUUUUAAAUGGAUCGAUUUCUUCCUGUAGAAUCUUACUAUACCAGAAAAGAAUUGUCAAGAAAAUAUUUUGUUUGGUAGGUCUAAAGAGCUAGUACCAAGCUUCUGGUGAGGCCAAGGCUGCAACCCAACUUUAUAUUCUCUUGGAUGCCAUUUCAUUGCACUUAUGCUUUAUUGUCUUCGAUUUUCAUUGCUAAGUUUACAAUCAUUUACAGCUGUAAAUAAAAAGCUAAUACAUUUCUAAAUCACAAGAUUCCAUAAGGCCGGUGCCUUUUCCUGAUUUUUAUUGGGUGUUUAGUAGAUGAAAGAUAAAUCUCUCUUAAUAUAGGCCCUUGAACUAUUACAUGUAGUUUUUCCUACUGAAAGAAUUGAACCCAGUACUACAAGCCAACAUAUUACUACUCAUAACUGUACUCUUAGUAAAGUAAAUAUUACUUAUGUCUAGGUGGACUUUGCUGUUGAAAGUUAAAUUGUUGUAAAUCCAGAUCAAAUAGGCUUAUGAUAAGAGGUAAUCCAGCCAUAGCCAUUCCAUUUUUUUCCUAUGUACAGUGAACCCAAAACCACAUUUUUCAAGAUGGUUGGAUGUGAUUUGAGUGAAACUUGUGGCUAUUUCUAGGAGGCCAAGCAACUACAAGAGGCUCCUUCAUUAGCUUGAAUGCUGGUGAUCCUCUCAGCUGGUUGCCCAAUAUCUUAUCAGCUGGACCAUUUACACCCUCAUUAAAAAUAUCACUAAAUUAAUUUGUCUAGAAUCAUAUUUGCUAUUAAAACAGAAGUUAUUUCAGUUAAAUCAGUCAAAAUAUUUUUUAGUAAAAAGACCAUCCAUCAGGGGCAGACUGAGAGUAUCAAGAGCCCUCAGGCAUAACUGUUCACUUUAGCAUAACUUUAGCAUUGAUAUCAAAGAGAGUUAAAGUGUAGAGUACAGGCUCCUCAGAGCUCCAGGCACUUGGGCAGUGCCCGAAUGACCGAUGGUUCAGUCCACUCCUGCCAUCCAUCAUAAGAAAAAUUCUGGGAUAGAUUUUUGUUUCCAGUCUUAAAGGUUUGAAUUUCUCAUAACUUUUCUCACUUGAGUUCAAAGCUACAGAUUUACAGAAGAGAGUAGAUUGGAUGUUGUGAUUUGUAUGCCUUUCUCAAGAAUACAAGUAUUGCGAUUUUAGUAGAGAAUGAAGCCACAGCAUGGGCUUGGCUCAGAAGAGGCUUCUUUCUUAAUUUGCAAACUUGAAUAUAACUUUUAACAAAGCUCAAAUUUCUGUUCUUUUACAUAUUCUAUGACUACUCCACAAUAUUUUAAACUCUUUUACUACAUUUUCAGUUAGAAUAGUCAUCAUACUGAUGACUAGAUGUGCAAUGAAGGUGUUAAUACAGUGUCAUAACUGUUAGUGACAGCUGCCAAUUCUUGUUUUCUAAAACAUAGAAUUAAUGUGUGUGUGAGAGAGAGUAUACUCAUUGCUGCCAGCAGCAUUAAUCCAUUAACAAUGGGAUUUACAGUUAGAAUGAUUCCAUAGUUUAUCCAUUAUAUGGUGCUACCAAUUUCUAGAGAUUUGAAAAGGCUGCAAUUAGAAUAGUCAUUAUAUUAUAGCUUUAAUGUAGCAUUGCCAACCAGUGUAGCAUUGGAAGCAUUAAUUCACUGACAAUAGGACUUCUAAUUAGAAUAGCUACUUAUUGUAACCAUUAAAUAGGCAGCAUACUGAUGUUUAUGAUGUUGCAGAAUUGAAAGGGUGAAUUCAGUGGAAGCAGGAUUGACAAUAAGAAUAUUUCUAUGUGGCUGAGAGUAAAAUGUCCAAAAUGCUAUCAAUCCUAACCAAAUCCCUCAAAAUGUUGUCUUGGAUGAGUGUAAUUUUUUUUUUUAUCUCUUAGUAUUAAAACAUUUUUUAAAUCUUUAUUUUUACCCAUAAAGGAAUGGAUUCAUGUUGUAGAGAAUAUUGUCUGUUUGAAUUUUAUCUAAAAAAAA